CUAAUGUAAAGAGUAACGACGGUGGACCUUAAAAGUACCUUCUCACAGUGAACGGAUUUGAACACAGGAUGGCUGGAACCGCUCUGAUUGGGAUGGGGCUGCUGCUGCUGCUCUCUUUUAUCAGAGCAGGUGUGGAUGGUCUGAUAUUCGCAGAAAGUGGUUAUGAUAUUACAUUUCCAUGUGAGGAAGACACAGUCUGCUUUCAUAAAUGGAAGAUCGGCACAGGCAGAGGUCAAUACAUUGCCAUAGUCAGUAAUGGAGAGAUCCAGAGAGACCAAUCAGAGGAAGAGAAAUGCACGCUACGAUUCAAAGAUCUCACAGCAGAGGACGUUGGACGCCAUCACUGCCAAACAGGGUCGAAUGGCUCCUCUCCUCGUGACACCCAUUUAGCUGCCCCAGUGUUAAACCUCCUGCCGGCCAAAACAGUAUCACUGCAGUGUGUUUUCCUCACUUUCGUGGACCAGCGCCAUUGCUACACCGUGAAAAGACAGUGGGUCAGGCUGACGUGGGUGGAUGUAUCCGGCGCCAAGAUACAAGAAGACUCCCAGCAUCAGAUAAUUGAGCGGUCCUCUUGUGAUAUAACUCUGACUGUGAAACACCAACGUCCUGAAAACAAGAAGUUUAGGUGCCAGGCAAGAGUGGCCGAUCAAGUCCUGACUUCAGUGGAGUUUCGGGUCAGAGCCCCAGCUCUUAAAGGGAAGGGAAGAGGCAUUGCCGUAGAUCUGGAACCCGAAGGUCAAGGACGCAACCAGGACACGGUCGGGGCAGCUGUGGGGGUGGUAGGCUGUGUGGUUGUGACAGCGGUGGCUGCAGUGUUUGUUCUGAACCGAAGAAGAACAAACAGCCAGCUGCCCAGUGAGGUCCAGUCCAGUACCAACAACGUCACGAACACAGAUGAUGUCAUCUAUGCUGACAUUAUUGUCCCCAUUGGCUCUGACAGAGUCUGGGUCAACGAGUGUGAGACCACUGAAUACGCCUGUGUCCGAUAGGAAGAGUCUUUUCUCAAAAGUAUAAAUUACUACAUGUUUGUGAGCUGUGUGCUACUGCAGUGCAUUCCAAUACAAACACUGUACAUCGAGGCAAUGAACUGUUUUUGUUUUUUCCACAGUCUACCUCAAUACAUUUUACUUUUCUUAGAAGAAAUGACAGGCUUUUAAACAGCAUGUCGAACGGUUGGGAACAAAUAUAUUGUACGUAUUUUGUAAAAAUGCUAAAUAUGCUUUUCUAAUGACAUCAACAUUUCAAUGAACAGUUGUCAUUUAUGGUUAUUGCUGAUUUCUUUGCAAAACUUCUAACUGUGUUGAAGUUUAUAAUUAAUGAUUAAAAAAAACUGUCAUGAAUUCAGGGGACCAUCCUAAAACAUAAACCUUAAGAGAGUC